GGCUCAUUAAUCCCAUCUAGCGUUCAGGGCUGAAUCCUUUCCUGCCCACCAAACUCAAAAGUUAUCCUUUGUUCUCUAUCAGAUCACCUAUUCACCCCCAUGUGUCUCACUAUGCCCCAUCCAGAUUAUCUGAUCAUUCGCUCCAGCUGAAAGGGUCUUUGGCAAUGGAUCCCCAAGAAACCAGGAGACUGGUUCCGAUCCUACCCGCUCAGCAAACCUCAGGAUAUAUCUAUGGGGAAGACCACUCGCCUGGGCCCUCAUCACCACCGCACAGACUAAGAAAGAGGGUCUUGGUCGCCGUGGCCUGUGAAGGAUGUCGCCGAAAGAAAGCAAAAUGCGAUGGUAGAAAACCAACUUGUAGCCGUUGCUUCUCCAAAAGCGAGGCAUGCUCGUACGAAACCCCAUCGGUUCCUGUCGCCCUGCAGAAAAAGUACGACAUCUUGCUAGUCGAAAACCAACAGUAUCGAGAACUAUUUGACGCCAUAAAUAAGAAGCCAGAGUGCGAGGCGCAGGAGAUUUUCAACCGACUGAGAAGUUCGGAUCAGCCCCUUACUGUUCUCGAAUCUGUAAGACAAGCCGAAGUUCUUCUACCGAAACUUUCUACAAAUACACGGGAUUCCGAUCCCAGACUGGCAUUUUUCGACCAGAAAGCAUUCGAAUCGAGUGUUAUACAAGUUCCUGCCAAGCCAUGGACAGCAGUUGCCGGAGAUGGGAUUGUGUCAGAGCUAAUAACGGACUUCUUCACUUGGGAUAACUCCUAUAUGUUCCCUGUGCUCGAUAGGGUCACCUUUGUGGAUGAGAUGAGAGCGGGCGAUGAGACAGAAAUGAAAUGGUGCUCUCCUUUGCUGGUGAAUGCUAUUUGCGCCAAGAGAUGUCUGAUGGUUGAACGAGGGAAACAAUUCGGUGUGAUGACAGGUCGAAACCUCUCCGACUGCUUCCUAGCUGAGGCCAAGAGCCAUUUCGAGUCCGAACAAGGCCGACCAUCGAUACCAACUGUUCAAGGACUACUCCUGAUAUAUCUUACCAUGACAGCCACGGGGAAAGACAGAGCUGGUCUGAUCUAUCGCCUCACAGCCUAUGAAAUGCUUAAACAGCUUCGCUUAGAAGCAAGGUAUAAGGCAGCAAAGAACAACGUUCCACCUCAGACUCACGACAUGAUGCUGAUAUCCAAGACGCUUUGGGGAAUAUUCUUACUAGAGAGCCGGAUAGCUUAUUUCUACAACCAGCCCUCUAUUAUUCCCCCGCCUCAAAUCCCUAAGCCCUUCCUCUCCAUUCUUACAUUCACUCAUAAAGGGAAUUUGGAUGUUCUUGACAGGCCUUGGAAAGAUUCCUCUGAUCUUGUUCCUCGACCACCAGGAGUAUUGGCAGCUGCAUGCUCGUUUUCCGAACUUCUCUACGAGACCAUGCAGUAUCUCACGACCUCGAGAGUCAGACGGGGAAGUGAGGAGGAUAUUCAUGCUAGACGGCUAUUCUUUUCUCGGCUUAUACAGCUGAAACAUGACAUACCUCGCCAGCUGGUCCUGGAGCGGAAUUUAACACCAGUAACAUGCUUCCUAAGAAUGGACGAGAACCUAAUACUAUAUACACUGCUUCAGUAUAUGCCUGCCGAGAUACCGUUUGGUGUCCCAUACAGCUCGACAGUCAAGGACCUCCGCAUCCAACACUGUCGCCAUGACACCGACAUCAUCGCGUCGUUUAUCAAGAAGUGGCCUACGAACCUAAUGGUAGCACAUCAACUGUACAUAUCAAUGCAAACACUGGUCCCCAUACUCGGUGAAACUGCGGCACAAGAUCUCUUUACAAAAAGUUGUCGGAUGGCACAGUUGUCUUCUCGCAGCAUUAGACUCAGUGGAGUUCUCCUACAAGCGACUCAAGCUUUCGUUUGGGCUAUGGACAAGUCCAUCCCGGAACCUGCACGGCAAUAUCUGGAAGGAUGGACUCAAGAAACAGUUGAGAAGGACUUGCCAAUGAGUUUUGCCUUGCCUCCUCGAGGAGAGGUCAAGGAAGUCCUCGCAUCUGAUGGAAGCGACCAAGAAUGCUCGAUAUGGAAUUUGGGCACCUUGAUUGAGAAGUGGGCGAUGCUCUCGAUGGAAGAAAGCAGACAAUCGUCGUGA